CCCCUCGGGGAAGCCACUCAGGUCGGUACGUACCGGCGGGAAAACCCAAGUCAUCAGAGGUCGGUCGGUGAUGAUCUAGUCCCAUGCACAUGUACGAGGGUGAAGUAGAUGUGGGUUGCCUGCAAUGAUAUAAAAAGCAAGUACAAGCUCCGCUUUGUUGAGCGCAUUAAUAGUUUUGCUAUGUUCAUCGAAGACUAGUAGUUUGUGCAAACCAGACCCCUCUUUCAUCGCUCGCAAAGAAAUGGCAGACUCGUUCGACUUCAUCAUUGUUGGAGGAGGAACCGCAGGAUGUCGCCUUGCGUACCGACUAGCAAACGCGCCCUCAGCACCGUCAGUGUUGCUUGUGGAAGCCGGCGACCGCCCAGAGGGGAAAUACCUAUACGAACAUUUCCACCGCUACACACCGGCGACCCUCCGUCCGGACCUGGACUAUGGCUACUCGUCCCAGCCGCAGCAAGAGCUGAACAACAGGUCGAUCCCUUACACAAGAGGUAAAGGGCUGGGCGGCAGCAGCAUCAUGAACUUCGCGGUAUACCUGCACGGGUCGCGAGAGGACUACAAUCGCUGGGCGGAUCUGGUCGGCGACAAGAGUUGGAAGUGGGAACAUGUGCAAAAAUCGUUCCAGGCCAUUGAGCAGUACGACUUCGACCACGCGUCUCACUAUCCGCACCUAGCGAUGCCGGAUGUGAAAGAUCAUGGGCGGGAUGGAUUGGUUAAGGUGUCGCUGCCGCCUCAGCUAGAAGAGGGCAUUGCAUCCACGAUGGAGGCCCUUUUGGCGCAUGGCGAGAGAUUGAAUGUUGAUCCUAAUUCUGGGAAUCCCAUCGGCAUCUCCAUAUUCCCCUCGUCGUACUCUAAGGACGGUCGGACGACGAGCGCGAACGCCCAUCUGCUGAACCCGCCUCGGAAUCUGACAAUCUGGACGGGCGAGCCGGUAUAUCGUCUGCAGUUUGACGGAAGCAAGGUCGUAGGCAUCGAGAGAGCAGACGGCCGGAAAGCGACUUCUAACAAGGACGUCAUCCUCUGCGGUGGCUCCAUCGAUACGCCCAAGAUCUUGCUGUUGAACGGCAUCGGACCUGCAAAGGAACUGGAAGCUCACGGGAUCAAGGUCGUCAAGGACCUACCUGGAGUGGGGAAGCAAUUGCGCGAUCAUCUCAUGACAAUUCUUUGUGUAGAGGUGCAGGACAGCCACAACAAGCGAUAUGCCUUCGAGACGAGCGAGGAGUUGAUGAAGAAGGCAGAGGAAGACUGGGCCCGUGACAAGACUGGAAAUCUCGCGCUUUACAAUAGUGCCUUGUGGGGUGGAUUUCUCAAGCUCCCUGGACUGGAGGACAUGGAAGAGUUCAAGGCGCUGGACCCGGGAAUGCAGGAGUAUCUGCUACGGGAUGCGACACCAACGUUCGAGUUCAUUGUACAGAGCGUCCUGGUCCCGCCGGGAACGAAGCUGCCAGAGGGAAGCAGCUACCUCUCCGCAAUAGCGUUCUUGAUGAACGAGCAGGCAGAGGGAUCGAUUACGCUCCGCUCAGCGAACCCCGAGGACAAGCCUGUUAUCGAUUUGGCGUACCUGAGGCAUCCGUAUGACAAGCGCAUAAUGAGAGAAGCAAUCCGCGCGACCUGGACGAAGGUAUUCGAGAAUCCCGAAAUCAAGAAACACGUCAAGAACCGCCUCUUCGGUCCCAAGAGCCUUUCGGAUGAAGGCAUCGAUGAAUUCAUGCGGGAUACCGUGACGACAGUGUGGCAUGCAAAUGGGACGGCCAUGAUGGGGAAGAAGGAGAAUGCGCUGGCAUGUGUGGACAAGGACUUUAGGGUGUUUGGUGUAGACGGGCUUCGGGUGGCGGAUCUUUCGAUUUGCCCAGUGGUUACCAACAACCACACGCAGUCGACUGCCUACCUUGUCGGUCAAAAGGCCGCAGACAAGCUGAUUGCAGAGUAUGAGCUGUAGAGGACAUGGAGGUGGGGUUGAGGGAUGCGACAAAGUGAAGGGGUGGUUGCUGGGACAAUCACUCGCUUAUGGACAGACGGACAUCAUCACCGCAACACCAACCUCGAGUAUGCAGGUACGGAGGCAUCCUGCUUUUCAGGUCGUGGGACAUUAUUCAUUCCCACCAUCGAAGCCGACAGGAAAGUUGCACGCUCGCAACCGGCCAAUCACCGCCCUUGCGCAACCCCGCCA